UACUUCAUAUCAGUUUGAUUGGACGGCUUCUCACAAAUCUCUAAAAUAGAACAAGAUUUAACUGAAACAAUUGUAUUUACACUUGCUUUUAGUCUAGGGAAGCUACUAUUCCAUCUCAACAGAACUUGAAGACUUGCAGCAAAAUGUAUUGUGGAGAUUAUACACAAGGAACAAUUCUUCCUGCUCCAAAUUUUAACCCUAUAAUGGAUGCCCAGUUGCUAGGAGGAGCUCUACAGGGAAUUAGUUGUGAAAAGGAUGUGUUGAUUGAAAUCCUAACUCAGCGUUGCAACUCCCAGCGGCUCAUGAUUGCUGAGGCAUACAGAGACAUGUAUGGCAGGGAUCUGAUAACAGACCUAAAAGAGAAUCUCUCUCAUCACUUUAAAGAAGUUAUGGUUGGCUUGAUGUACCCACCUGCAUCUUAUGAUGCCCAUGAGCUUUGGCAUGCCUUGAAGGGAAUAGACACAGAAGAAAAAUGCCUAAUUGACAUAUUAGCCUCAAGAUCAAAUAUGGAGAUCUUCCAGAUGAAAGAAGCCUACCUAAUGCAAUAUAAUACUGAUCUUCAACAAGAUAUCGAUUCUGCGACUUCAGGUCACUUCAGAGAUACACUCAUGAACCUUGCUCAGGGAACAAGGAUGGAAGGAUAUGCAGACCCUUCUACAGCUGCUCAGGAUGCAAUGAUUCUAUGGGAAGCAUGUCAGCAGAAGACAGGCGAACACAAAAACAUGCUGCAAAUGAUUCUCUGCAACAGGAGUCAGCAGCAGUUGUGGAUGGUUUUCCAGGAGUUCCAAAAUAUCUCUGGGCAAGACAUAGUAGAUGCCAUUAAUGAAUGUUAUGAUGGAUACUUUCAAGAAUUACUGGUUGCAAUAGUUCUCUGCAUUCGUGACAAGCCUUCCUACUUUGCUUACAGGCUUUAUAAUGCAAUUCAUGACUUUGGGUUUCACAAUAAAACAGUUAUUAGGAUUCUCAUUGCCAGGAGUGAGAUAGACCUGAUGAACAUACGGCAGCGAUACAAAGAGAGAUAUGGGAAAUCACUCUUCCAUGACAUUAAACAUUUUGCUUCAGGGCAUUAUGAGAGUGCUUUACUUGCUAUCUGUGCUGGUGAUACAGAAGAUUACUAAGAAGAUGUACUCUGAAAGCUGUGAAAACGUAUUUUAAAUAGAAAUUAUUGAAGCUAUAUGAAAUGCACUAACUGUAAGAGAUCUCUAUUUUACAUAACAAAAAAGCAAAAUCAAUAAUGUAUAUUUGCUAAUAUUAAAUCUUUCUUGACACAGGAAAAAUGUUGGCAGGAACGUGGUUUCAUCCCUAGUUCAAAUUAAUAUUUCUGAUUUUAUGAUUAAUGUAAAUUAAUGGAGCAAGUGGUAAAAUGACUCCACGCAGGCAUUUGUUUAUCAUGUAGUGUCACAACACCCCAAACAUUCAUCAACAGGCUCUGGAAGGAUUUAUUCACUUUCACACUAGAGAAAAGAAAAUAUUCUUUAUUUACUUUUAGCAAGAAGAUUUCCUCCUUUAAGGAAAUUUUUUCUUGCCUUUCCUACUUCUUAUAUCUCAUAUUUUAUGCUCUUGAACAUUACUGUUUUAAUUACAACCACACUAAACGUCUGCCCCCAUCUGUUAUCACUGUCAGAGUGCUUUUGUAUUCUCCUUUACUUAGAUUACAUACUUAAUGGCCUUUCCCCUAUUCUGCUUGAAACAAAAGUAAAAAUUAGAAUCAAGCACUCCAUUCACUGGAAAACCUGGAAGAUGAAGCACUGCUUAACUCGACGCAGAGAAGUUCCAGAGGAUGAAACUCUGAAUUCCAUUUUUACCCAUCUCAUUUUAAACAUCCAUGGAAUACUGACCUUCAGA